GUUGCGCGUGCCCAGGAGGAGGGGGAGGAGGGUCCAUGUCACGGUAUCCACCGACCGAUGGCGCACGCGCGAGACGCGUCAUUGCCGCAAUAGCUGCGCGCGUCUCAGCCACAAGCGCGUUUGGCGUGACGUCAUCGCGUACCACUCCGCUUGCUGUCAAGAAUAGUCUUCACAUCACUCUCCUGCGUCAUUCUCCACUCGUACUGAACUGCAUAAAGGGUCGCCAUGGACGACGUACCGAGUACCACAUUUCACCCAACUCCUACAGCAUACAUCCAUCUUCACCAAUCUCACGACACUUCACGAACUCUGAACGAUGUCCCCGUCAGUCAACUCCCCAGCACCGACCGCGAGCCAGACCGGCAACAGCGAUGCCACCAGCACACAAAAUGGCCAAGACAACCACAGUGAAUAUCCCGAGCAGCGGCAUGCAGGUGCAGUCGGGCUCGGUCCUGAAUUUGGUCGCGGCGUGACCACCGGCGAGAAGUUCGAAGGUUACAAGGAGGAGCUGAAGGGCAAGGUCCUCCGCAAGCCCGAUGUCGUGCAGCACGGGCACGACCUGCGCACCGGCGAGCUCAAGCGUAGGGAGCAAGCCGAAGACGACGUGAACCCGUUGCGGGGACCGGAUGAGGCCGAUGCGAACGUGCAAAAUGGUGACCGCCCGGAGGUCCCGAAGAGCGACAGCAACAAGCCCACCGCGAUGCCGCCCCGCGUCGGCGACACGUCGCACCCGACGGAGCAGGGGAGGUACGAACAGGCAACGAGCGUCGCGCCUGAAGGGUCUGCGACGAGCGCACCUGGGGAGCACGCGUACAAGAACAUAGGAUGAGGUGCUGGCGGUGGAAAGUGCCCUAGUCGGAUGCGGAUGGAACUUGGAUGGAACUGAAGACUCCUGGUUUUAUGAUAGUAAUACAUUGUACUAAUCGCACAUUGAUCUCGUGGCAU